GCUUGUUGGAGCUCACGCCCACACCUGUUUGCAUUGGCACCUGUCACACAGAAAAGGCUUUCCCCCUGCGCUCACGGGCCAGUCGCUUGGACGCAUCAGCUGUGUGGACGUUGUUCUGCUGGCUUUUAAGAUAGCAGGUGGCCUAAAAAGAAAGCUGAAGAUAAACAACCGGAAUAACCAUGUCAAAAGAGGGAAACAGAGACACCGUGCUUGACAACAUUAAAGUACGAACCAAGCUGAAGCCAGAUGCCAGCUGGAUGCAGCCACGGGACACAACUCGACCCACAACUUCAGAGGAGGAGAAACCAUGGUUGGCAGAGGUCAGAGCUCGCCGUUUGAACGGAGCCCCCACCAGUCCAAUUUCUUCACCCGUAAGCUCCACCCCACCUCCCCUGACAGCUGACACUGAAAUCAAAGCACCAACAGAAGGAUACCUGAUCAGAGGUGUUUUUACUAAAGUGGAAAAGCCUGCUUCUCCCCCACCCCCUAAUGGCAUCAGCACAACAAGACAUUUCUCGAAAAAACCCUCAGAGACCUACAAGUUAAUAGCCCCCCACACUGUGAGGUCCACUUCACGCCCAGAGGACAGCCUGCUCAGCCCAGAGGAGCUGGAGAAACGGAGGGAGGCAGCCAGCAGUGUUUUGAAAAGUUCUUCGGUCAGGAAGCGGUCUUAUGUGCUCUCUGCUGCUAAGAAAUAUGAAGCGAAAGAGGCAUCACCUGAUCCAUCACCAGAUGGGAACAGUCCAUCAUUUGUGGCUAAAAAGGUGGAGGUCAUUGACGAUGAGGGAACUGCAGCUCCAGCUCCUGCCAGCUCUGCGUCACCAUCCCCUCUUAGUGCAGAAACAUCUGCCUCACCUGAGCCCAAACCGCGGACAACAAGCAGCCCUGUAGGGAAGACAACUGCCGAUCCAGUCGUUAAUAAGCCAGUGAUUCCAAAGGUGGAGGAGACAAAGCAGGAGACCCCAAAGACAGACCUGCUUGGAAACUGGAAACCAGAUUCUAAGAAUGUGGUCACCGCUGUGCUUGUCGAUGUGGCCUCUAGUGACCUACAAUCAGAUGACCCAGGCAGUUCUGACACCUCACUAAUUGGUGCUUUGCCAACAUUGAAAGCUGCAGCAUCUCCGGCCCCGACUUCUGCUGAGCCAGGAUCAGAUGCCCCGGCUUCAGGGGCCAGAGAAACACCUGUUCCCCACCCACGUUUGCCACAAUUGCCCACAUCAGCAUCCCCUGCACCUGUGAAAUCAGCUGUAACUCCAACUGGAUCAAAGCCAGCUGUCUCAGAACUCGCAGUGGAGACAAAAUCAGCACCUGUUGCUGAACCUGAACCUAAACCCGAACCACCGCCUGAGCCUAAACCAAAUCCUGAACCUAAAGUGGAACCACAGCCCCAGCCUGUGGUGCCCAAACCAAAGCCUGAACCUAAAGUGGAACCACAGCCUGAGCCUGUGGUGCCCAAACCAAAGCCUGGACCUAAAGUGGAGCCACAGCCCGAGCCUGUGGUGCCCAAACCAAAGCCUGGACCUAAAGUGGAGCCACAGCCCGAGCCUGUGGUGCCUAAACCAAAGCCUGAACCUAAAGUGGAACCACAGCCUGAGCCUGUGGUGCCCAAACCAAAGCCUGGACCUAAAGUGGAACCACAGCCUGAGCCUGUGGUGCCCAAACCAAAGCCUGGACCUAAAGUGGAGCCACAGCCCGAGCCUGUGGUGCCCAAACCAAAGCCUGGACCUAAAGUGGAGCCACAGCCCGAGCCUGUUGUGCCUAAACCAAAGCCUGAACCUAAAGUGGAGCCACAGCCCGAGCCUGUUGUGCCUAAACCAAAGCCUGAACCUAAAGUGGAGCCACAUCCCGAGCCUGUUGUGCCUAAACCAAAGCCUGAACCUAAAGUGGAGCCACAGUCUGAGCCUGUGGUGCCUAAACCAAAGCCUGAACCUAAAGUGGAGCCACAGCCCGAGCCUGUUGUGCCUAAACCAAAGCCUGAACCUAAAGUGGAGCCACAGCCCGAGCCUGUUGUGCCUAAACCAAAGCCUGAACCUAAAGUGGAGCCACAUCCCGAGCCUGUUGUGCCUAAACCAAAGCCUGAACCUAAAGUGGAGCCACAGUCUGAGCCUGUGGUGCCUAAACCAAAGCCUGAACCUAAAGUGGAGCCACAGCCCGAGCCUGUUGUGCCUAAACCAAAGCCUGAACCUAAAGUGGAGCCACAGCCCGAGCCUGUUGUGCCUAAACCAAAGCCUGAACCUAAAGUGGAGCCACAUCCCGAGCCUGUGGUGCCUAAACCAAAGCCUGAACUUAAAAUGGAGCCACAGCCCCAGCCCGUGGUGCCUAAACCAAAGCCUGAACCUAAAGUGGAGCCACAGUCUGAGCCUGUGGUGCCUAAACCAAAGCCUGAACCUAAAGUGGAGCCACAGCCCGAGCCUGUUGUGCCUAAACCAAAGCCUGAACCUAAAGUGGAGCCACAGCCCGAGCCUGUUGUGCCUAAACCAAAGCCUGAACUAAAACCUGAAACAGAAGCGAAAAAAGAGCCAACAUCUGAAUCAGCACCAAAAACAAGCUCCUCCUUUGAUGUGCUCACAGCUCUUUCCGACACCCUGAUUUCUUUAAACUCAGAUUCAUCCAGGGCUGAAAAGGAUUCGGCUCCACUCAGCAACACUGAACCGCUAACAGAUGAUCUCCUGGGCUUCAAUGAUAGUCUGAAGGAAUCAGAAGUGCCCGUUCCUCCCAGCCCAGGACGCUGGAGUCAGGAUCUGUUCAGCGAGCUACACAGUGGUUCAAACCCAAUGGGAAUUAUCUGCGAGUUCCAAACCAAAACUAACGUUGCUGUUGAUCCUGAACGAAGCAGCAUCCGAGAGGCGGAGGAGAAGCAGACAGACGAGACAGCCGAGGAAACGCAAAGCUCGGCUGAUCCAUUUGAUCCAUAUCCGAUAGGGACCACAUCCCAUAGCAGCCCAUCUGACCUGCUCAGGCCCGAUAUUUCCAUCAGCAGCUCAUCAACGUCAUCUAUGGUGACCAAAAGUUUGAACACAGAAAAGAAUAACGCACUGAGAUCCCUCGCAGACAACAUCAUCCCCAUCAACACCGACACCUCAAGCUCUCAGCAGCCAGGAAACACCAGCCCACCCCAGCAGACUAACACAGAGGAGGAAAGCCAAGAAGCUAGAGCAGAAGAAGAGGAAGAAGAAGAACAAUCAGUGGAGACAGUGAUCAUGUUUGAGAGAAAGUCCAACGAGAACGACUCGCCGUGGGACAAAUGGACUUCACCCACUGUCUAUGAAGUCUAUGAUUCAGAAGAUGAGGAGGAAGAGGAAAGAUCUGUGACCUCCUCUGCGGCUGUGGUGAAAGAAGAGAAGCGAGUCGUGACGCCUGAACCCAAAAAGGGGCUUGUUUUGGUGAAGGAGUAUGUGAAUGUUUCGGAAAUGCAGAAUUCCAGAGAUCAAACCAACGGAGAUUCUGAUUAUUUGACUUCAAGCUCUGCCACUUACUCAUACAGCAGUCCAUCCAAUUACAGCAGGGUGUCUCAGUCAUCUGCCUGCACGUACUGUGGCGAGCAGGUGGGCAACGAUGCGAAGAUCAGCAUUGAUCACCUCAACAUCCACUGCCACUCUUCCUGCUUUAAGUGCGGCGAGUGUAGCAAACCCAUGGGAGACCUUCUUCUUAACAUGUUCAUUCACGCCGGGAAGGUCCACUGCGACAGCUGCUACGCCAACGUUAUCUAACUGCAGAAGCCCAUCAUCAAUCCAACCCCCCCCUUCCUCCUCUGAAGUUUUUGUUUUGCUUUGUCGUCGUUUUUUGCAUCUUCCAACAUUUUCACCGCUUGGUUUAAAAGUUAAAGGGGAUGAAAGUCACUGCACCCAAUUUCAAGCUCAAAUUUCUUAUACAUUUUGUGCAAGUUUAUGGGAUUUGUGUGUGUGUGUUUGUGUGUUUUUGUUUUUUCUCCUGCCUCGGUUCAUGAUGAAGAAUUUGUCUAUCAAACUUGAUGUCCUGCACACACCUGCAAUGUUAUUCAGAAACAAGAACUUUGCAUCACAAAAGUGUAUUUCCUUUUACUCCUAUUGAAGCAAAGUGAUAUAUCAUUGCUUUAUUAUUAUAAUAAAGAGAUUCUUAAAUUCCUGUAAAAAAAAAAAAAAAAAGGUGUACAAAAGUAUUGUGCUGGUGAAAAUAUAAGCUAAAUAACGAAUUAUUGCACACAGAAAAGCAGAGGAGGAUGUAACAGCAGCUAAAAGGUUCAGGCGGAUUUUCAAAAAAAAAAAUCUUCCGAGGACCCUUUACUGAGAACGACGUUCCCCCAUGAGAGUCGAUAUCUACUGCUUAUACUGGAGUAUAAAAAUGUGAGCGGCUAAUAGCCGCCACCACCCACCGAGUGAGUGUGUAGAGCGGCGAAGGCAGUUCAUUAGCGACUGUCCUGAUGGUUCUUUACACACAGUUGAGCAGAGCUCCUUCGAAGCGGAAGGCUCGGCUCCGGACCAGCGGAGAAGCUGCUUCCUGCCAGAACAAAUGCCACUGGAACAAAACUGGGGAAGAACAUCAGGCGCCUCUCAAACCUAAAACUCUGAGAUAAUCCUAACCUAUUACUGAACUGGUGACAUUAAAGACCCACUCCAAUAAAAA